AAAAAACAACAAAGUAUGGAGCAGAAAGGAGAAGAGGAGAGUGAGGGAUUGUGGGAAUCUCAGAUGACCUCAUCCCAGAGAAAACUGUCAGCUGGUCUGGUUCAGAUGGAGGCCCGCGGUCACAGAGGACAUCCUGGAGGUGGUUGGACGGUCAGGAAGAACCGAUACCAGGGGAGAGGCCAGAGAGGGACUCUCAUCGAAUCCUGGAGAGAAAUUUCACAUCCGGUCCAAGCGGAGACAACUGAAGGGAGUGUUGGAGGGGGAAGAUAUCUACCCACUGGGACCAACCUCACAAUGUCCCGGAGGAGGUCUACAGGUGAUCUGGUGCCCAGGGACAUCUCUGAGAUCUUAGCCAAGGAGGCGAGGGCUCAGCGUGGACAGAAGAAGUCGGGAGUCUCCCUGGGACAAGCCUUCAACUGGUUGAGGAAGAGCCGGAGGAAGAAGAACCUUGGCAACGGGGUGAGCCGUAUCCCCACCGGGGUGGCGGAUAAUAAACCGGGACUUCUCAACCACGAUGCCGCGAAGGCAGCUGGCCCGAAGGGGAAUGAAGACCAGAAGCGGCUGACGGUUCACUACACGGCCUCCCAGCACUACCAGGAGAAUGUGUUCAUCGAGGGCAGCAGGCCUCAGUACCUGGAAGACUUGCACACCGAAGCUCAGGAGGGGCUCAAGAUACUACAACAGGAAGAGGACAAGAAUGGAGUAAACUUUGCGGACGAUGAAAGCAUCAUCUCUACAGAUACCCUCUGCCCAGAGCAGGAUAUCAGCUCCAAGGACAGAGGAGGCUCUCUGGGGUCGAGACCCAACGUUAAUGAUACCACAGCAGCUUCUGCUGCGUUGAAUCGGCCUGGGAUUACUCACCAAGGCUCCACAUUCAAGCCUUUGAAUCCAGUGAAAAGAUUCGAUAGGAGCAGAAAGAGGAACAGGAGAACCACCAUCAUGGGCAUUCCCAACCAGGUCCAGAAAGAACUUGCUCUGAACAGAAGUUCCACCUUUCAGCCGCUUGUUUCGACUCGGCUCCCUAACCAUGAAAAUCACAAUGGUGACAGCCAGUCGAGUGUUGUUAUCAUUCCUACAGUGGACGGAGGGACUCCCUUAGCAAAAAAAGAGGGAGCAAGGGUACACCUUUCAGAACUGGAGGUCUUUAGGGACGAGCAGGUGGCGAGGAAGCACCUUCAGGGAGGGUACCAAGAUGAGCAGGCCCAUCUCUGUCCUACAGUCAGACCCAAGUCCGUUGCAUUUCCUGGCAUGACAACAUCCUUUUCACUCUCUCCAUCAAUGUUGCACUUCCUCCAAGAGCCUCAGGGUCCGGUGAUGUCCAUCUCUCCUCAGGCCACUUACUUGUCUACGAUCAUCCCUAAUGCUGUUCUACCGGCUUCAGUUGAAGUGAUUGAGAUUGACCGCAGCAACAGUCGAACUCGAGGCAGCAGCGUCAAUCAUGGCAACGGUGCUUGCGGUGUCAGCAAAAGCAGCCUGACAUCUGAGGAAUCAGCAGUUAGUCCGUUGUUGUCUAGAAGAUCAGACGGUGACGGUUCCCAAACAAAUAGCUCUAACUAUGACUCUGCACUAAUGCCCCGGUCAGCCUCAGGUUCAAACUGGAGUGAGUCUCAAUCCUCUAAGACUAUUAUUUCAGACUCCUCGGUUUCAUCUUCUAAUAGAGGGGGGUUUAGCGUACAAGAAAGCCAGACACAGGAGUCUAGUAACGGCCAAGACCUCACAAGUUUUUAUAGCCCAGUUAAUGCAAAUAGCAGCCUGAACAAAACAGAAGUAAACACAACAGAAGCAGAGUCUGGGCACGGAGCAACACAGUCAUUGACUGCUGGCAAUCAAGCAAAGAACAAACGGAACUGCAUACAUAGUCUUUCGGUUACCAAGACCAAACAGCCUCCAGCACCUCCACGAAGAACUAACUCUCUGCAUGGCAAAAAGAUCAAAAGUGAAACCAUGACUGUGGUGGAGCUGGAAGAUCCUGGAAACUCAGGAGAAGUAAAAAGUUCAUCAGAAAAUCCAGUAGCAGAGGAUGAAGUUAAAUUGGUUGCUACUAAUGCCAAUUUGAGCCCAGAACCUUUGUCAAACUCCACUGGGCCAAGCUCGACAAACUCCUCCUCCACACUUCUAACCCCUUUGCAGGACUCCCCUAACCAGGCUGAAGAAGCGACAGCGUCACAACAAGAAUCCGACCCUUCCUCUCCACAGAAAACGGCACCAGAUGGAGGGAAAUUCGAACGGACAAUGUCUCCUUCCAGUGGCUAUUCUAGCCAAAGUGGAACUCCAACGCUUUCCCCGAAAGAAAUCUCCCCAAAUUCUCCAGACAAACUGAAAAAGAAACCCAUCAAACCAGAGAGAUCCGCAUCCCGUGCCUCAUCCUCAGCAGCUUCUCCCUCUUCCUCACUCACCUCACUGUCAUCAGGUACAUCUGAGCCUGCAAAUGCCGACGUUGCCACAUACAGCACAACUCUGUCUCCGCAGGAUUUCUCACCAACAAAUGAAGUUACCCCGAGUAGCAAGCUCUCAUCUUUAAGAGCAGACAUACAAGAGAUGUUUAACAUCCCUACUCCUCCUAAAGUCAAAGCCCCUCGCCCACCGCCUCCGGAGACAUGGGCCCACAGCAGACAGACUGUUGAGCUCCUCUGUGGAGCUCCUAAUGUCAUCAAAACUCCACUGAAAGGAAAACAAGUAGAAACCCAAAGAGAGCCCAGAAAAGACAGUGAAGUUACAGUCGAAAACCAGACAACUCAGGAGAAUCCUGUUUUGGAAAUGUCUACAGAAAACACUGUGAUAAAAGAUCCUGAAGGUGGCAAAAGUGAAUUAAACAGUAGAGAAUCUUCAGAUAAAGAACAAAUGCAUAAAAAUGAGGAGGACACGGAUUUUAACAGCAGAGCAGAGAGUAAAAUCAAUGUUGUAAAGAAGUCAGAAAGUCAAGAGACAACUCCAAAGAAACAGCCACCUCCUGUCAUGAAGAAACCAACAAAAAUACUGUUCAGAGACGAAAUGGGGCAUCCAUUAGAGACACAAGACAGGAAACUGAGCUCCACUGCUGCAAAAGAAGCUCACUUGUCUGUUGAGGAACAUACAAUGUCAUCCCAAAGUGCUGCAGCAGUUCCAGCCGAUAAGAGCAACAUGGAAAAGAGUGAAGUUCAGCCUAUGCAGACACUUACAGUAGAGGUCCCCAAAAUGAGUAAGCUCUCACCACCACCUACGCCUCCUCCAGCUUACCAGCCUACACCUCCUCCGAUAAGGAAACCUGCUGCUUCGUUAGUGUCUCCAAUGCCAAGUGAGUCUGAGAAGGAGCAUGACGUGUCGCAUGUUGUCGAUUCCUGUUGGCCACCUCCGCCUCCUCCAUUAGAAGGGGAACCCGUCUUUGAUGGAGGAGACGAGGUAGAUUUUCCUCCACCUCCUCCACCAUCCGUAAGAGAUGAUGUAACGGAGAUGACAGAACUAACCCCAGUCGCUUCAGUUUCACAUCCAGCUAACAACAAAUCCUCUGAUGUUGAACAGAUUUCAAAAGCCCACACUGCUCUUGAGACUUCUUCCCAAGAUACUUCAUGCGCUACCGACAUAGUUCCACCCUUGCCUCCUUCACCACCUAUUGCCAGAGUAGAGAGCCCAGUGCCGCUUCAGGAAGUGUCUCCUUCCAGCAGUUACCUUAAGCGAAACUCUCUAAAACUUGAAGAUCAGUCUCCCUCUACUCUUCCAGUAAGUCCUGAGCUUUCAGCUCCAACUUCAGUGCCAAAAGCACCUCCUCCACCAAUGGAAAAUGUAACCCCUGGAGUUAAUUUCAGAAGGCAACCCAGUGGCACAUACAGAGACGCCAGGAACAAGGAGCUACUUUCUCGCCACAAAAGUGUCCCAAUUCCUAAAGAGGACGCAAACAUACCACUCGUAACCCCUUCGCUGCUGCAGAUGGUUCGCCUUAGAACGGUCAGCAUGACUGAAGAUCAGGUGCAACCUCCAUCUGAAGACGCAGCACAUGAGGCAACUCCAGCUCAGGAGAAUUGUUCCGUCUCAAACCAAGGACCUCAAGACAUUCCUCCAAAGCCCAUUCGGAAGUCUUUGUCAGUAAAAUCUCCUCCUCAAACAGUAAAAUCGUCCACUGUGACAAUGAGUUCUCCUUCCCUGCGCCUGCAGGAGGCCAUCCGAAUGAAAACUGCAGCCAUGUCUUCCACAAACUGUCUUCCCCACAGACUGGGUGUGAAAUCCCCUUCUUACAACUCCAUUGGUGAACAAGGGGGGCACUCUCUAAAAUCACUUGAAGGAUGCGAUAUUCUUAAAUCCCCAGCAUCUACAGCUAGCUUUAUCUUCUCUAGAAGCACAAAAAAGGUGGUCAUCGAGCCUGUAGCCACCGCCUCCUCCGAGGCUCGAGCAAGUCUGAAGCAAAGCUUAGCAGCAGAGCUCAGGCAGGUCUCCGACCAAUCAAAGGCUGGUGUUCUCUCAAACGGCAGAGUCAAGACUGACAGAAUUCCUCCGCCAAUAGCCAAGAAGCCAACUCCUGGAAGCACAAGUCCCUUGCUGAGCUCCCAUAGCUGUUCAGCAAAGAUGGAGCUCAGGGUUGAGGGAAGCAAAGAUCCUGGAGCUGCACAACCUGUGGCGCCACCUACUACAACCACAAGAGUGACGGCGGACACGAUUGAAACGUUGUUUUGAACGAGUGAUCUGUGACCAGACUCGCAGGAGGAACGAAACAAGACGGCAAGCAAGUGAAAGGAUGAAUCACAACAUUUAUUGACAAUUACUAAGAGACAAUAAACUCAGUCUUCUUGUUGUGUUUUA